AGGAGCGCUCUCCCCCUCUCUCUCUCUCUCUCUCUCUCUCUCUCUCUCUCUCUCUCUCUCUCUCUCUCUCUCUCGUCUUCUCACCUCUCUCCGCGACUCAUUUGGAAAUUGAAUUUGUUAUGGAAUCAUUUUUGUGAUCUUUUUAAAAUAAUGCAAGCGAUCGGGAUUGUAAUAUCAGCGAAAGCAGAGCGCGCAGGAAUUUAAUGCGGGGAUUGGAAAUGCUUUGAAUAUAACACUUGCUGCUGGAUGUGGAUUUUUUUUUUUCAACUUGCUGAUCAGAUACAGAUAUUGUGAUUAUAUACGCUAAACUGGGGAUUCGAGGUUGACUGCGAAUCUAUUUUACUAGAUGCAGUAAGGAAAGAUUAUUCGGUAACCUUCAACAUGACUUCUGUGUCUGGAAAUAAGGACAGGGCUGCUGUGUCAGCCAGAAACCGAAAAUAUGGGAUGACAGAGGCUUUAUCUCCGACCAAGUCUGCCUCCUUCUCUCCGGAGACCUGGUAUAGGAAAGCUUACGAAGAAUCUCGAACCGGCAACCGCCCCGCCCCCGAAGGAGCUGGAUCAGUCCCGGGCUCUUCUGGAACCCCGUCCCCAGGGUCUGGCACUUCUUCUCCGGGAUCCUUUACCGGCUCCCCCGGCCCCGCUUCCCCGGGAAUUGGAACGGGCUCCCCUGGAUCUUUGGGCGGGUCCCCCGGGUUCGGCACUGGAUCUCCGUGUUCCGGCAGCGGGAGCUCCCCUGGAUCAGACCGAGGAAUCUGGUGUGAGAACUGCAAUGCAAGGCUGGUGGAGUUAAAGGGACAGGCACUGAAAUUACUGAUCCCAGGACCUUUCUCUAGCAAGGGCCCUUCAUUCUCUGCCCUGAUUCACGACAAGCUCCAAGUCCCCAACACCACCCGCAAGGCCUGGAACGAGAAGGACAGCCGCUGUGACGUCUGCGCCACCCACCUGAACCAGCUGAAGCAGGAGGCCAUUCAGAUGGUGCUAACGCUAGAGCAGGCUGCCGCCCUGGAGCAGCGCGACACCUCGCCAGGGUCGCCCCCUCCCUCCAACAUGCCCUCGCUAGGGGGAUCCCGCAGCAUGGGCGGCCUGCAGGGACAUCGGGACUGGUCCUUCAUCCCAGCCUCCUACACCAGCCCUGGCUACAUGAGCUUCCAGCCAGGCAAGCACUCCAGCAAACCCAAUAGCCUGGGCAUCGAGAAGAAGAACGGUGCCCCCGGGCAUGCUGGGAAAGCAAGCAGCCCAGGCAACGGCAACAUCCUGGGCUCGGGCCCCAUUCAGGCACACCAGUAUCUGGACGGGACCUGGUCUAUGUCAAGAGCCAAUGGAGUGACCCUUUACCCUUAUCAAAUUUCUCAAGUGGUGACAGAGAAGUGCCGGGAGGGCUUGAGCGAGGCUGUUCUGAACCGGUACAAUGCAGACAGGCCCUCGCAGUGCAGCUUGUCCGGCUCACAGAACAGCUACGUCUCCAGGGUGCCCUCCAGUGGAACCUCCGCCGCUGCCUCCUUCUUGGCCAGAGCUGCCCAGAAGCUGAAUCUGUCCUCCAAAAAGAAGAAACAUCGUCCAUCUCCAUCCUACGUGUGUGACCCCCCUCUCUUCCCCACCAACUUCAGUGCGAUUCUGCAGAGCUCUCCCCCGCCGGCACCGCCAUGCCUGCUGCGAGCCGUCAACAAAGUCAAGGACAACCCUGGACUGGGAAAGGUGAAAGUCAUGCUGCGAAUCUGCCCAGCCCCAGCAGGGGUCACCUCAGAGUCCAAUUCCUUCUUGAAAGUCGACCCCCGUAAAAAGCAGAUCACCCUGUUUGACCCAGCCACCAACGGCCCCCAGAAUACUACGCGGGGCAGCCAGGUGCCACCGAAGAUGUUCGCCUUUGAUGCAGUCUUCCCACAUGAUGCCUCGCAGGCUGAAGUGAGCGCCGGCACGGUGGCGGAGGUCAUCCAGUCCGUGGUGGACGGGGCGGACGGCUGUGUGUUCUGCUUCGGACACACCAAGCUCGGAAAGUCAUACACCAUGAUGGGAAAAGAUGACUCCAUGCAGACCCUUGGAAUCAUCCCCUGUUCCAUAUCCUGGCUCUUCAAGCUGAUAAACGAGAGGAAGGAGAAGACUGGCGCACGCUUCUCAGUCCGAGCCUCUGCUGUUGAGGUCUGGGGGAAAGACGAAAAGCUCAAGGACCUGCUGUCAGAGGUGGCUACAGGCAGUCUCCAGGACGGCCAGUCUCCAGGAGUCUACCUCUGUGAGGACCCCAUCUGUGGCAUGCAGCUUCAGAACCAAAGUGAACUCCGAGCCCCUACUGCGGAGAAGGCCGCUUUCUUCCUCGACGCCGCCAUUGCCUCCCGCCGCAGCAGCAAGCCGGACUGCGACGAAGAGGAGCAGCGCAACUCCCACAUGCUCUUCACCCUGCACGUCUACCAGUACCGCAUGGACAAGAGCGGCAAGGGAGGCAUGUCUGGGGGGCGCAGCCGCCUGCACCUCAUCGACCUGGGCAGCUGUGUGAAGGCGCUGGGCAAGAGCCGGGACAGUGGGGCUGGACUGUGCCUGUCACUGUCAGCACUGGGGAAUGUGAUCCUCGCCCUCGUCAAUGGCAGCAAGCACAUCCCAUACAAGGAGAGCAAGCUCACUAUGCUGCUUCGUGAGUCUCUGGGAAACAUGAACUGCCGCACUACCAUGAUUGCGCACAUCUCAGCAAUCGCAAGCAACUUCACAGAGACACUUUCCACCAUCCAGAUUGCAUCCCGAGUGCUGAGGAUGAAGAAAAAGAAGACUAAGUAUACCUCCAGCUCUUCUGGUGGUGAGAGUUCCUGUGAGGAAGGGAGAAUGCGCCGGCCCACCCAGCUGAGGACAUUCCACUCGAGGAACGUGGUCGACCCCGACCUCCCUCUCCUGCACCUGUCCAGCGAUCCCGACUACUCCUCCAGCAGUGAGCAGUCCUGCGACACUGUCAUCUACGUGGGCCCCAACGGCUCUGCCCUUUCAGACAAGGAACUGACCGACAACGAAGGGCCUCCAGAUUCCGUGCCCAUAAUCCCCUCUCUGCAGAAAAACAAGUGUGAGCCAGGGAAGCAGCAGCCGCCAGAAGAAAAGGCUGAGAAUGCAGGAGGCAAGGACUGCCUGAAAUGCAACACGUUUGCGGAACUGCAGGAGAGGCUAGAGUGCAUUGAUGGCAGUGAGGAGGUCAGCAAAUUCCCCUUUGAAGAGAUUCCCGCACAAUAUACUGCAAAACUGUUGCCAAAGCAUGAGCCAGUGCAAACCCAAGGGGCAGAGCCUCAGGUAUCUGAAGCUCACAUAACUGAACAGCAGCAGAUGAAAGAGUCUGUGGAGAAUGGCAAUGUUGCCCAAAGCAAUGUCCAGAGCAUGUCUGCCAUCAUCUGUCCCAGUGGAAACCAUUCUGAUCUAGCCUCAAGCAGGAGUGUCACAGGAAGUUGCAGCAUGCAGGCUAGCUCCUUACAGAGGGCUCAGAGUUCCACCCUGCACAGCAGCAAGGAAUCUCUGAACACUAACAGCUCUGGAGAAACAAAACCAAGGCCCAUGGGCUCUCCCAGACUGGGCGUUGCCAGCCUAACCAAGACAUCUGAGUACAAGCCUCCCUCUUCCCCAUCUCAGAGAUGUAAGGUGUACACACAGAAGGGAGUACUGCCCUGCCCAGCCCCACUGCCUCCCCAAAGUCUGGGCAAGGAAAAUGGUAAAUCUUCUACCGAGUCUUUGCUGGAGCCUGAAGUCAGGACUUCCCCCAUGGGUAUGAGCCCCCAGGUCAUAAAGAAAUCUGUUGCUCCCAUAAGUGGAAGCUCUGCUGAAACAACCUUCUCGGAAAACCAACAGCCUCAGCCAGAGACCAAGAAGGAGGUCAACAGUACCACCACAGUGACUGUUCAGCAGCCCCUGGAGCUGAAUGGGGAAGACGAGCUGGUCUUCACGCUGGUGGAAGAGCUGACAAUCAGUGGUGUGCUGGAAAAUGGACGCCCCGCGAGCAUUAUCAGCUUUAACAGUGACUGCUCAGUUCAGGCCAUGGCCUCUGGCUCACGGCCUGUCAGUAUCAUCAGUAGCAUCAGUGAAGACCCUGAGAGCUACAACAGUGUUGCCACUUCCACCACUGCUACCAUUUCUGAGGUCAGCAUCACAAAGUUCCUGCCAAUCCCCAAAGGUGAAGGGGAAGCCUUGACCACAAAUAGCCGCAGUUCCUCCAUCAGCUCCUGGCUCAGUGAGAGGAGCACUGGCAGUGAUGGAGAGCAGUCCUGUCAUAGCUUUGUCACGCAGCCAUGCUACGGGCAAGGGGAGUCCCUGGCAGAACCUCAUCUGACUGAUUUUCCAGAAGGAAUUCAGGACGAAUGCCUUCUCUACCUGAGUGGGGGAAAGCACUCAGUUGCUGACAACCUAUUUGCUGUUGCCGAGAAGGCUGCUGAGAAGAGCUGCUAUAACAAGGCUUCCCCACUAAAAAACUGUCAGAUAUCAACUUUGGGCAAAACUACAGUCACCAUCUCUAAUGUGUCAAGCUUAGGUGUCUCAGAUGGCUACAUGCCCAUCAAGACCAACGUCACUGUUCAUCCCUGCAUUGCAGUCAACCCAAGGGUCCUGCAGGAUCUCAAUCAAGUCAGCCCAGCCAUUAACUUACCUCAAACUGUGGAUAACAAGGUGGCAGUAGUCCCUAUCUCCAAUUACAUCAAGUUUGAUGAUCCCUGGCUUAAAAGAGAAGAUGAGGACACAAAAGCUGUAGAGGUUAUAUGCGAGGCCAAACGAGAAAAAAGGUCCUCUGAUCCAGUAAAGGUGUGGAACUCGAUUGACCGAUUCAGUUCCAGUAGUGGGGAGGCAGCCAACUCCCCUGUAUAUUCUGACAGCCUGAGGAGGGUGGUUGAUGGGUGCGAGAUGGCCUUGUCCAGUUCUGGUAGCCAGAGUCCCAUUUAUUCCUAUGAGGUCCUCAGGACAGGAAGCCUGCCCAGGGGAUGGCACCGCUUGAACAGACAAGAGGAUCCUGAAGAUACCUCCCUUGGGUUCUUGGGUGCUGAGUGUAGUGGUAUAGGGGCUGCCACCUCAACCCCUUGCAGCCCAAGUGCCACUCUGGAAAGGAGAGGAGCUUUAGCCAAGCACUGCAUUCUUGCCAAACCAAAAGGAAUUCCACCUCUGCCUCCAGUUAGAAAAUCCAGCCUGGACCAGAGGAACAGAGCAAGCCCUCUGCACAACACAAGCAGCAGCAGCCAGAGCCAAACACUCUCAUUCAUGGGCAGCAUUCCUGAUGAUCUGGGCAGCAAUGGGAAGCUGAAAGGUACCAACAUUGAAAGUAGCAGCAAGCUCUUCAGUGCCAAGCUGGAGCAACUUGCCAACCGGACCAACUCCCUGGGGAGGUCUCAUACCGGGCACUACAACUGCCUGUCCUUGGAGAGGGCUGAAAGCCUGACUUCGGUUGGCUCAAAGAGCAUCUUUGGAAGGGACAGCACCAUGCCCAGGGCUGGCCGGAGCUUGAGUCGUGCCUCCGUGUCCUCACCCACUGGUCCCAGUGGUGCCAGUGCCACCCCUCAGUCGCCCAAGGCGACCCAGUCCAAGAUCUCAGCUGUCAGUAAGCUUCUCCUAGCCAGCCCCAAAGCCAGAAGCAUGUCAGCUUCCAGCACCAAAACACUCAGCUUUUCCACCAAAUCCCUCCCUCAGUCUGUCAACAGGAGCUCCAGCUUACCACCCAAUGGCAAAAAUCAGAUAUCCUGGUCGACCCAGUCCCUGUGCAGGAACCGGGGUUCAGGGCUGGUUUCCAAACUGCCCCUGAGGGCUGUGAACGGACGGAUCUCGGAGCUGCUCCAGGGAAGUGGUGCAUCUCGUGCCAGCCAUGUACGAGGGACAUCGGACUCUGAGGAGAGAGGAGGGCUUCCUGGAGACGAGAAGCCUGUUGUUCAUACACUGCCUUCCCCCUACAGCAAGAUCACAGCCCCACGCAAGCCUCACCGCUGCAGCAGCGGCCAUGGCAGUGACAACAGCAGUGUUCUAAGUGGGGAGCUCCCUCCAGCCAUGGGGAAAACUGCCUUAUUCUACCACAGUGGGGGCAGCAGCGGCUAUGAGAGCAUGAUUCGGGACAGUGAGGCAACUGGAAGUGCCUCAUCUGCCCAGGACUCCAUGAGCGAGAACAGCAGCUCAGCUAGUGGCCGAAGAAGCCUCAAAAACCCGAAGAAAAGAAAUAAUACCGGGACUCAGAGGCGUCGCUUGAUUCCGACUCUGUCCCUCGAUGCAACCUCACCAGUCCGGAAGCCUGCCAACAGCCCUGGGGUACGCUGGGUAGACGGGCCAUUGCGGCCUGCACAGAGAGGGCCGACGGAACCCUUUGAGAUCAAAGUAUAUGAAAUAGAUGACGUGGAACGACUCCAGAAGAGGAGAGGGACAGGCAACCAGGAGGUGGUAUACUUCAGUGCCAAGCUGAAGAUUCUGGAGAACAGACAGCAGCGAAUCGCUGAGGUUCGAGCCAGAUACGACUGGCUAAAGAAGGAACUGGAGGCGACCAAACAGCACCUGAUGCUUGAACCUGAGAAAUGGACCAGCGAAUUUGAUCUGCAGCAGACAUUCGAGGUGGAUUCCCUGGAGUAUCUGGAAGCCCUGGAGUGCGUUACGGAGCGUCUCGAGAGUCGUGUCAACUUCUGCAAGGAACAUCUCAUGAUGAUCACCUGCUUCGACGUCACUUCCAGGCACCGAUGAGGGGAAGGACAGCAGGAACGCACAGAGCGAGUACAAAGAGUGGAAUUACUGGGGCAGAAGAAAGAUGUGUGUGAUCUGAGGAUGUAGAAUCUCCUGCAAGACUGAAAUCAUUUUUGAGUUAAUUGUAGUUGUGGAUGAUGGACUGCAAAUAGAAGCCUCCAAACAAAGAACAAAUUAAAAUAAGGACUACAAGUGCCUUGCCAAGAUUUCAAUAUCCAAACAUUUACGUAUUUGUGUAUAGAUGGUGCUAGCUUAAAGAAAAAAGAAAAAAAAUAUUGGCUUGUUUCACUUGGUGUUUUAUCCUCCUUCUGACUUGCUGUUUCUCAGUAGUUUGUAUUUGUAUUGUUAUAUACUAGUCAGAACGCAGUAUAUUAGCUGUUAAGUGUCUUCUUUAGAACUUUUUAACUGUUAAAAUGUAAGGCCACUCAGAGUCAAUGUGCAGUUUCAGAGAGUCAAUGUGCAGUUUCGGAGAGUCAAUGUGCAGUUUCGGAGAGUCUCGUCCGUUGGCUGACCUGACCAGUUGCUUUUCCUGAAGCCAAGCCAUCCUGACUGAACCUGACCCCCUGCUCUACAAGGGAGGCAGAAUUGGGCUUGACUAGCCAUAAAGGAGAUAGAGGGGUGGAAAAACAAACCAAGAGAGGCAUUUGACCAUCUUAUUUUAUUGAAUUGUUUUAUUUUGAAAUAAGUUGUACAUUUGGAGGAAGAACAAAUCAAACUUGAGUACAGGAGUCAGAUCAAGGUCCAACACAAAUCCAACAAUCGCUGUACAUAAAUAAAAAAACAAAGAUGUUUUAAUGCUAAAACAAUAUUGGUCAUGUUGAAAUGGUCUGUAUUGGUUCCAUCAGUGGUUCCCUUUUUGAAAAGCGAAUGAGAGCUUGGGAAAUAGACAGAUAACUUCAUCACCUUGUCAUUGUUUUCGGGACCCCUUUCCUCCCUUUGCAAGUAGCAUGCAAAGACUGCCCCUGAUUACUCUGCAGAUGCAACUCUUAGUAAGAGCCUCUAUUUGUGUAGGAAGUUUAGGGGUUUUAAUGAUCCACAGAGGUAUUAAUCUCCAAUCACACACAUAUUCUCAAACAAGCCAAUGUAAGUAGACACUGUAUAAACUAGAUACAAACUGUCAGCAGCAACAAUUCACGUAAACCCUCCCUUUUAUUUGCAUACAGUUCAUUUGAGAUAAUUGUGAUAUGUACAUUUAGCUUGCUUAAAUAGAUGCUAAUUGCACUGUGUCCUGAACAUUACACAGUGCAAUAGUAUUCUCUCUUUCCAUAGCAGCAUUAGAAAAUACAUUGGCUUUGUGUGGUCUUACUCAGUGGUGCAUAUACUUUAUUAAUACAGUAAUCCAUCGCAUAUCCAACUACAGUGGAACCCGAGUCAGGGUGGAUAUAUAAAAAGUCGGAUGAAUAAAUCCUGUUUUAAAUACCAUUAUACACAGCUGUAACAAUUACUAUAUUCACACAAUUAUUGUUUUGAGAUCCAGCUUUUAUUAGGGAGCUCCCCUAAAUCCCUUGUUUAGAAAGAUACAGGGUAUUGUGACAGGGUAGCUCGCUGCUGUGUGAGUGCGUGCAUUCGCUGCUGAGUGACAGGCAGGAGAUCGAGACGGAGGUUGAAGUUGAUUCGCCCCCCUCAAUUGAACAGGAUUUAUUUACAUAUCAACACACUGAACAGCUCACGUGACACUACCAGCAAUGGCAGCACACAGAGCACAUACAACACAGUGUAUGAAAACUUUGGUGGGAUCUGCAAUCUCUGAACUAAUCUUCUCUGUUCAAUAAUAAACUAAGGUUGCUGAAGAGCUUAUUCACGAAGGAUAAACGGUUAGGGCGGAUACACGACGGAUUACUGUAUUUCUUAAUAUUUGGUGCUUGAGGCAGUUUCAGCUCUACAUGUUUAUAUAAUGCUUGUUUUCUAUACUAAAUGAACCCACCCGCAGCCAUCCUCACCCCCAUUCCCCACAGCUGAAGCUGCUGUAAUAAACACACCCACCCUUAUUAUAGUAAUGUAUGAAGGAUAGCAUUUAUUUGUAAACUCAGGAGAGUUGCUUGUAUUUUAUAAUUUAUUUACACAUCACGGUUUGCAAAGUGCUCUGCAUUGAAAACUGUACAGCUGCCGAGCCCAUUACAUAUCUAUAAAUAAAUAUAUAUAUAUAAAUACAUUAUUAUUAUUAUUAUUAUCAUUAUUAUUAUUAUUAUUAUUAUUAUUAUUAUUAUUAUCAUCUGCCACUGAACCCUAUUGCAAGAUGGCUGAUCAAGGCUGAUCAGUACAAGCCUGGAACCUGUGAGCUGCCAGGUGACUUGUAAAACCGAAUCUUACUACAAAUCAACAGUUCUCUUAGCACCAUAUAACCAUUGUUUUAGUGGCUUCAGAAAGCCUCAUAGUGCAGCUCCUUCCAACAGGAGAAACAAGGGAUGAAUUAGCAUGUACACCCCAAUCAACUUGUCCCAAGCACUGCAGCAGCCAGCAGUGAUGUGGUCUCUUUGGGAACAAGCCCCAAGAUGUCUGUGAGCUGGUUUUCACUGCUGCCAAGUUAAACAACUUUAAACCUAAGGAUAUUGGAAACACAGGCUACAAAAUUAAUGGUUUUGAUAUAUCAAUUUUAUAAAUUAAAUUGCCAUUCUUCUCCAAAUCUAUACUACCUACAAAAUAACGGGGUGCUUCUUCAAAGACUAUCACUCCUUGAUCAGCUUCAGCUUUCCAAUACGGUUCAUGAAUGUUUCCAGUCACAUGAUCUUUGUACAGAUAUGUGUAUGAUAGUCCAUUUGUGUAGCCUGUUCUUGUGAAUAAACAGUAUAUUUUACACCACCUUC